CUAGCACCCAUGAAACAAAGAUUGUACCGUAAGCUAGAAGCAUCGGAAUCGAACCCGACUUAGUUGAGCUACGUUUCACUUUGUGAUCGCAAUUCGCAACAUUCUUGAACAUUAUUUGUCUUUGUUUAACAUUUAAUGAACAAAGUUAUUUUACAAGAGUAUUGAGAGAUCAUCAAACAAAAUAUAGUCUUAACAGUGUUGCAAAAAGGAGGAACGAAUGAACUCGGAUUUUUGGUGAAUACGACUGCUAGCACAUGGUUUCAGUAGUACCAUCACGUUAAAGAAAACAGCAAAUAUUGCGUAUCAUCCACAUUCAUGAAUAUGACGAAACAUCCACUGUAUGAAACAUCCACGGAUUCAACGGAAAAUAUAAUAACAUCCACAUCCAUAGAAACGGAUUCAACGGAAGAUAUAACAACAUCUACAUCCAUAGAAACAGAUUCAACGGAAGAUAUAACAACAUCCACAUCCAUAGAAACGGAUUCAACGGAAGAUAUAACAUCCACAUCCAUAGAAACGGAUUCAACGGAACAUAUAACAACAUCCACAUCCAUAGAAACGGAUUCAACGGAAGAUACUAAUGAUACGAAAUCAUCCGCAUCUACAAAUUCAACAGAUGAUGACGACACUGCAUCAUUCACAUUCAUAAAUUUCCAUCCACACAUUUCCGAUGUGACAUCUGCAGAUAAUCAAGCAGAAACUUUAAAAGUAGAGUUUGAAGAACUUAGAAGAAAUGAUGACAACUUACAUAAAUUCACUGAAAUGGCAAUUUUUAGAAAUCAUUAUAUGUUUCCAACUGUGCCGAACACUGUUCUGAGCAAGCAGAAGAAUACAUUAAAAUCUGUCCUUAAUCAGAAAUCUUCCAAAACAAACGAGGAUAUUGCGAUUUCUACGAAACAAAAGCUUGAAAAAAAAGAUCAUAUAAGUAAAAACAAACAUUGCAAGAAGCCUCAAUCUCUUGUCUUAUGGAGACCGCUUGCUCCACCGAUUCAGGAUUUGGAGGAAAAAUCGAGAAUCUACAAAUUGUUGAUGAAACAUGUAUUCACAAGAGAAUCACGUUUAAUAUUCAAUUAUAAACGCGAAAGAAGAAGCAGCUUACCGUUUACACCUAUUCCGAAACUGUUGGCCAUAUGUCCUCCUCCACCGGAAUCAACCACUUCAGAAUUAUUAAAUGUAAUCGAGAAACCUAAUACAUCAAAGUCUGACAUUAACCUAGACUCUCAAUCUUCUAAAACAUGUAUUUUUACGAAACAAGCAAAAAUAAAAACGCCAAAAGAUUCUACGAACGAGAGCAAUAGCUCUACGGAUGAUGAAUCGUAUAUCGAUACAGAGCAAAGUACGCAUUCAGCAACACAUACUGAUGAUGAUAUAAGAAAUCUUGAGUUAUCAGAUAAUGAAGAAGAGACUAUCGAGGAAUCGCCUCCUGAGUGUUCUGAGUGUGCACUAAUCCUGGUCGUAUCACUUUUGUUUGUUGCACUAACCCUGAUCGUAUCAUUUUCGAUUACUGCACUAUUUUUUGCGUACGUAUUUCCGUUUGAUCCUCUUGGGCUUUCUCUAGGUCAGAAUCUUGAGCACACUGAUACUUUUACCUCUGUUAUUGUCGAAAUGGAAGAAAAGAUACUGAUGAAACCAUACAAGAAAAGAUCAUGAUGAAACCAUACAAGCUUUAGCUGAAUAUCUUCAGCAAGAUACACCUCUUUUAAAAGUAGUAGCUCUCAUCAAUAAUGCAAGCGUCGAUAAAUCAUAUACAAUAGACAUCAUAAGAAACAAAUUUGCCGGAAGAAGCGGAAACGAACGUGUAAGUUUGUAUUCGAGCUUUACUGUUUUAGAAAAUUUGAGCCUAAAAAGUUUCAAAGUGGUCAUAGAUUUUGUGAACAUGUGUCAAAGAGUAUAUCCACGUGAUCAGCAAGUUACCAUAUUAGCGGAUUUUAAAAUUGAUGACGAUUUGACACAUAUAGACUUAAAUCGAGCUAUAAACACACUUAAAGAAACUUUAAUUAAAGCAAAUAUUAAUUUCAAAAUUCUUCUUUACAAACCUUUAAAUGAAGAAGCUUUAGAAAAAUACAUUCAAAAUAUGGCAGAAAAUAUUGGAGAAUCAUUCUCUCAAAUUCAGAUCGAUGAUAUUAAACGAGAUUUGAUAGAAGGCAAUUGCAAAAAAGCCUAUGGUCAUUGCUAUGGUUAGUAGAAAAUAAAAAUCGUACAUUGCUUUCAAGAAGAUAAAACUGCAAAAAUUAUUGUGUAUUGUGUCUGAUAAAUGUCCAAUAAAAAACGAUAUUUUUUCGUA